AUGGCAAAGGUGAGAGAGUAUAACAGUGGUGAAAAUUCUUCAUCCUACCUACUUGAAUCUCUAGAAGACGAUGGAAAACCCACUUUCGACGACUCCGGCUCUAAUCCCUUCUGCUUGCCAGGGGAACCACCUCAGCCAAAGCGGAGAAGUUCUGCAGACCGGACAGGUUGGGUGGCGGCGCAGCCACGGAUCCACACACUUGAGGUGGAAGAGGUGGCCACAAUCCGGCAACAGGCGGAGCAUGUCACUGCCCUUGUAAUCGGCCAAACAGAUGGAGCAGCAUGUGGCGGUGGUGGUGCCCUCUUGUUUGGCCUUGGCCUCGGAGUAAAGCAAUUUCGGGUAGCUCAGCAGUGUGGCCUCAUCAAGCCCCAUCUCAACAACACAAUUUUCCGGGCCGGGCGGUUGCUGGAAAUCUCUUUGAAGAGGUGCUGCUACGGAUGUCUGGAUUCUGGUGCAGUAGUAUGAAGCCAAGGUGAUGGUCGUAAUAAGUAGGAGAAUUCCUAUGGAGACUCCAAUGCCAUAACCGAAACCACCGAUGUUUUGGGAGCCCAAAAAUCCCCCAGAGUUUGCUGUGGCAUUCAUGACCUUGAUGACAAAGUUGAUGAGCAAGUUUGGUUGUUUUUAGAGAGAAUUGAGGUGGUUUGGUGAGCCAUGGCCAUGGCAAAACUGGUGGUUAUUUGGGGGU